AUGGACUCCUUGUCGCUCAACCGAGCAGCGCUCGACGAGUUUGUCACUCAGCGAGUCACCAGGGAGAUGGUGACGCAUUUGGCCCAACAAGCAGCCCAGGUCAUUCGCUGUGAAGCCCAUGUGACCAACACUGUCAACCAGCAUGGCCAACCCACGCCGCCAUCCACCCCUCCCAUGGAGGCUUCCGACAUGCCUGCCCUUCCUUCAAUCGAACAAUUCAUCGCCUCGCUCGUCGCCCGCUCCCAGGUUCAAGUGCCUACUCUAAUGAGCUCCCUGGUAUACCUCGGUCGUUUGCGUGCUCGUCUUCCCCCGGUCGCCAAGGGCAUGCGCUGUACCGUCCACCGGAUCUUCCUCGCCUCGCUCAUUCUCGCCGCGAAGAACCUGAACGACUCCAGCCCCAAGAACAAGCAUUGGGCCCGAUACACCGCUGUGAAGGGCUUCGAGGGCUUUGGGUUCUCGCUGCCGGAAGUCAACUUGAUGGAACGCCAACUGCUCUUCCUCCUCGACUGGGAUACCCGUGUUACUGAAGAAGAUCUUCUCACAUACCUCGAGCCCUUUCUGGUUCCCCACCGUCAGCGCCUGAUUGCCCUCGAGCGUGAGCGCAAGGCUGAAGAGGAGUACAUUCGCAAGCAGCAGCAACAACAACAACACCGUGAAUGGCGCCGUCUUCACGCAUCGGCAGAUCUGCUGGCCAGUCGCCUGCGUCGCCAAAAGCUCGAAAACCGCAGUGAGAACCGUCGCGCCAACGAUAACUCUCUCCGCCGUCUCCCCAGCCAUGUCUCCUGCCCAAGCAUGCCCAACAGCAACGACGCACAUCUAUCCGCCGAACACGAUCGUUACAACCCCUACCAGCGCCAGCGCGCAUCACCAAGCCGCCCCAAUCGCUCCAUUUCCCCGCCUUCGGUUCGUGAUGUGCCAGCUCUCUCCCACGCCGAGACCUUCAACUCUCUCUGCUCGCGCUCCUCCAGCCUGGCCCCAAGCUCAAGGGGAACACCCACCAGCAUCAGCACCGUGUCGUCUCACGGCGGUGCCGAUGAUGUGAUGCUCACAGACCUGAGCCGCAGCCCAUCAUGCGCCUCUUCUCUUAAUUACAGCUACGUCAACGUCGCUCCCCUCGAGCAAAAGCACAAGCACUUCGAGCCUCUCCGACAACCCAGCAAGAAGAUGAAGGUCAACACCCACGCCCACGGCGGCGGCUUUGUCGCCCGCUUCCUCGCUUCCGCUACCGGCUCCUACAUGAACGGCCGCGUCGGUCGAUCCCACUAA